AUAGGCUAGUAAAUAGAAAUACGGUAAUCUAUCGUUUUGGGUACGUAAAAUCGCCCGCGGCUAUUAAUGUACGAAAAUGUUACCUCAUUGUCAAUGCUUAAAUAGUAGUAUUUCUCGCUAACUUGGAGGCGUGGUCGGUUGCUAACAACAAUAUGGCGCCCGGACCGGACGUUUGAUUUCCGGCGAUUUUUCGGCCAAAUUCCAGAGACCUUCAACUAAUUACAUUUAAAAAUGUUUACCACGCGCAAAAUGGCGGGAUUUCCGUGUCAUAACAACAAACCAUAGGUGGCAGGGUUAGAUAUGCCAGAAAAGCAUUUUAAAAUUUGGUUUGGAGAACGGAGGCUAAAUUCAAAAUUCAUUUAUAAGAAGCAGCAUGGGAGAGGCAACUGGUGAUUUAGAUUUACAGUCUGAUGAGUUUAAAGAAUUUUCAAAUUCUGAAGAUGUGAAGCCACUUCUAUCUACAGUAUUUUCAUCUUCUUCUGACAAAAAAACAGAAUUAUCAUUUUUAUUUAUUUUUAACUUUCCGUGAUAUCAAACCAAACAUGACAUUUAUAAAUUCACAGGAUGAUAAAACCGUUGUUACGCCAGAUUUUUCAUCUUCUACAGACACAAAGUCAGAAUGUACAACAUUUUCCUCUUUUGAUGAUGUAAAAUUUCUAGUUCUGUAUCAAUUCAUUUAUAAGAAGCAGCAUGGGAGAGGCAACUGCUGAUUUAGAUUUACAGUCUGAUGAGUUUAAAGAAUUUUCAAAUUCUGAAGAUUUGAAGCCACUUCUAUCUACAGUAUUUUCAUCUUCUUCUGACAUAAAAACGGAAUUAUCAUUUUUAACUUUCCGUGAUAUCAAACCAAACUUGACAUUUAUAGCUUCACAGGAUGAUAAAACCGUUGUUACGCCAGAUUUUUCAUCUUCUACAGACACAAAGUCAGAAUGUACAACAUUUUCCUCUUUUGAUGAUGUAAAACACCAUAUGACAUUUCAAACUUCUCAAGAUAAAACAACAGGAUUUUUAAUUUUUAAAGAUAUGCUACCUGCUGUAUCAGCAGUAUGUACAAGAUCUGAAGAUAUAAAACCAGUAUUAGCAAUUUUAUCAACAAGUGAAGAUAUAAAACCAGAAUUAGAAACUUUAUCAACCAACACAGAAUUAGAAAUUUUAUCAACUACUGAAGGUAUAAAUCCAGAAUUAGAAAAUAUAUCAACUAGUGAAGAUCUAAAACGAGAAUUAGAAACUUUAUCAACUAGCGAAGAUAUAAUCCCAGAAUUAGAAACUUUAUCAACCAACAAAGAUUUAAAACCAGAUUUAUGGACAAAGUUUUUAGAUUCUGAGGACAAACAACAAAAUGGACUUGAAGAAAAGCUAAAACUCUCUGAAGAUGAAACAUAUCUGUCUGUUGAUCCUCAUAAUUGUCAUGAACAGUUUUUUCAAAGAUCUAACUUGAAUAAACAAGCUCAAGUAGGGGAGAAGUCACUUGAAUGUGAUGCUUGCCAUAAAAAGUUUUCAGAUAGUUCUAGGUUAAAUGAACAUAAAAAAGUUCAUUCAGGAGAUAGGCCAUAUGAAUGUGAUUAUUGUCAUCAAAAGUUUUCUAAUAGUUCUGCUCUAAGCAGCCACGAAAAAAUACAUUUACUAGUUAGACAGUAUGAAUGUGAUGUUUGUCACAAAAGGUUUUCAUGGCAUUCUGGUUUAGCGGAACAUAAAAAAGUUCAUUCAGGAGAUAAGCCUCAUGAAUGUGAUGUUUGUCAUAAAAAGUUUUCUAAGAGUUCUAGUUUAUAUAGACACAAAAGAGUUCAUUCUGGAGAUAAGCCUCAUGAAUGUGAUGUUUGUCACAAAAGGUUUUUAAGGAAUUUUGAUUUAGCGACACACAAAAAAGUUCAUUCAGGAGAAAAGCCUCAUGAAUGUGAUGUUUGUCAUAAAAAGUUUUCUCAGAGUUCUAGUUUAUAUACACACAAAAGAGUUCAUUCAGAAGAUAAACCAUUUGAAUGUGAUGUUUGUCAUAAAAAGUUUUCUAAGAGUUCUAAUUUAUAUACACACAAAAGAGUUCAUUCAGGAGAUAAACCAUUUGAAUGUGAUGUUUGUCAUAAAAAGUUUUCAUAUAGUUCUAAUUUAUAUGCACACAAACAACUUCAUUCAGAAGAUAAACAAUUUGAAUGUGAUGUUUGUCAUAAAAAGUUUUCUCAGAGUUCUGGUUUAUAUUCACACAAAAGAGUUCAUUCAGAAUAUAAACCAUUUGAAUGUGAUGUUUGUCAUAUAAAGUUUUCUCAGAGUUCUAGUUUAAAUACACACAAACAAGUUCAUUCAGAAGAUAAACCAUUUGAAUGUGAUGUUUGUCAUAAAAAGUUUUCUCAGAGUUCUAGUUUAAAUACACACAAACAAGUUCAUUCAGAAGAUAAACCAUUUGAAUGUGAUGUUUGUCAUAAAAAGUUUUCAUAUAGUUCUAGUUUAAGGAAACAUAGAAAAGUUCAUACUGGAGAUAAGCCAGAUUAAUGUGAUGUUUGUCAUAAAUAUGUUUCUAAAAUAAAGCGGCUCACGACAUAUUGGCUACCGACAAAUAGUCUCCCGGCAAUUGGGCUCGCGACAUAUUGGCUUUUGACAAAAUGACUCCCGACAUAUUGGCUCCAGACCAAUGAAUAGCAUGACCACUAUUGGCAGAAAAGUAACGAUUUUGUCCUACCUCCAAUACCACUAAAUACUCUUUUAAAUGAUCGAAUGAAAUUGUUUUUCAUGAACCAACAUUAAUUCACAAACAAAGCGAGCCCUUAACAGCUAAAUUUCACCAAUUCUAAAGUUUUGAUGUUUAAUUUACAACAGAAAAGAUUUGAUGUUUAAUUUACAACAGAAAAGAUCUGUUGCUUAAAAGCGUGCACAGAAGUGUAAAUGUACGAUAUAUGUAUAUUUAUGUAUAUAUAUGUAUAUUUAUGUGUAUAUAUAUGUGUAUAUAUAUGUUGGCAGGUAUCCUAAUGUUGGCUGGUUAUUGAAUAGUUGUCACAGGUUGCUUGUUUUGUGUGUGUAGUUAUAUUCGUGGUUGGUCGUAGCUGGAUCGGGGUAAUGGUCCCCCCUCCCCUUCUCUCAAGACGCCGCCCGGUUCUCACGGCGCUGGGUUCUGGCAGGGUGUGACGGUGUCACGGAUAAUUUACGAGGUUCACAGUCGUGGAUUGUGACCGGACCCUAGGUGUGUGCAUGCUUUGUGUUCAAUUUUAUGUCCUGUCUCCCCAAUGGUCGUCUGCUUAAAUUUACGACCGUAAUGUCGCGACGGUCAGUUCUUGUCAAACAGGUGGUCGGAAAGUGUGGGAAAAAGUUUGUUUGGAUUCAGCCUAUUUAAGAGGACUGUGUUCAGACCUCUGUCUCUUACACACCAAGCUAGGGCUAUAGACCAGAUGGCCGCAGAGGCUUGUUUAGUGGCCCAGCUGAGGUAUUGUUGAUAUGGCCUGGUGUUUACACCAGCGGCCCAACACCUUGUUCCAGUGGCCCGAUAUUAUGCUCGUGGCCUGAUGUCUCGUUCUUGUGGCCCGAUAUUAUGCUCGUGGCCUGAUGUCUCGUUCUUGUGGCCCGAUAUUAUGCUCGUGGCCUGAUGUCUCGUUCUUGUGGCCCGAUAUUAUGCUCGUGGCCUGAUGUCUCGUUCUUGUGGCCCGAUAUUAUGCUCGUGGCCUGAUGUCUCGUUCUUGUGGCCCGAUAUUAUGCUCGUGGCCUGAUGUCUCGUUCUUGUGGCCCGAUAUUAUGCUCGUUGCCUGAUGUCUCGUUCUUGUGGCCCGAUAUUACGCUCGUUGCCUGAUGUCUCGAUCCAGUGGCCAAAUGUCUCGCUCUGGGGCCAGAUGUUUGUUUUGGAGGACGGAUAUGUUGUCCUUGUGGCUGGGGAAUCGCCCUGCCUUUUGUGUGUGACGAACUGGGUCGUGUAAGGAACUCGUAAACAUUCAUGAUAGGAUAAAAUUGUGGUUGUAUCUAAAAAUGUAAGUGAUUUAUUUUUUUUUAACAUGUAUUAAGAAUUCGAGGGAUGUUUCCUUUAUUAUGAAAACUGGCCAGACCUUAUUUGUAUCCUUUUGUUUUUUGCUGGUAAAAUACAUUUUUUGUGAAGUUAAAUAAAUGCAUUAACUGGGUGUUUACCAAGUUUUAUUUUUAGUGUAAAAUUAAUGUUGUAUUUGUUUAGAUGUUAAUUAGUUUUUCUCAGGUCUAUUAGACUCCUUUGUCACCACGCAAAGGUGCACGGAUUUGAGAGAA